AUGAUUGCCCAGCCUCUACAGUCCCAACGCCAUUCCAUCAGGGUUGUCGCCCAGAUGGGUGAUCCGCUUCCAGCACCCAUUGAAGGCCAGGCGUAUGUCACGGUGGGCCCAAUCAAUGGAGGUCUGAUAACGCUCCCAGAACGUGCAUUCGUCUCUCCCAGCGGAGAUGCUGCGGUUACCGUUCCCUCGCUAAGCUUUCUCAUCACGCACCCCGGCAGCGGAAGCGAGAAAAGUCCACGACACCUGCUCUUCGACUUGGGACUGCGAGCGACGCUGGGGGACUAUAUGAAGGAGCAGCAGGCACACUUGGAGCUGCGCCGACCCUGCCUCCUCGGUCCCGGAGUUGCACAGUCGUUGCAACGGUCAGGCAUCGAUCCGGGGAAGAUCGACACGAUCAUUCUCAGUCACGUCCACUACGACCACCACGGCGAUCCGGCGCAUUUCCCGAACGCACACUUCUUCGUUGGGGCUGGUUCUCUCAAACUGCUUGACGAAGGACUUGGAAUUGCAGCAUCGCAUCAGUUCUUCGAUCCGGACCUGUUCCGCAACGUCCUCCGUGUCAGCGAGUUUCCCUCGCCAGGCGCCUCGCCAUGGAGGGCACUGGGGCCAUUCGCAGGAGCCCUGGAUUUCCUUGGGGAUGGAUCCGUUUACGUCAUUGAUGCGCCCGGCCACCUGCCUGGCCAUAUCAACCUCCUUUGCCGUGUCGGCCCCGACACCUGGAUGUAUCUUGGAGGGGACAGUUGUCACGAUUCAAGGCUGCUUACGGGAGAGCGGCAAAUCGCGACCUGGGACGAUGGCCAUGGCAAUACGGGCUGCAUUCACGUUGAUCAGACGAGGGCAGAGGAAUCGCUGUCGCGUAUUCGCCGGCUGCAGGAGAUGGAAGGGCACAAGGUCGAGGUGGUCAUGGCGCAUGAUGUAGAGUGGUGGAGCACGAAUCAACAUCGCGCUCUGGGACUAUGA